UAAAAGUCGAGUUGACCGUAAAUUUAUUCAUGAUAGACCUAGCAGGCUGUUUUAAUUUGGGAAUACAUAUUCACUCUAAAGUCUGCAAAGAGGACAUUCCUGGAUUUUCCUCUUUUAUUUUGGACUGCCUUUGAUAAGUGUAGCUUCAAGGACUUUACGUAAAAGAUGAAGAGAAAGUCAACCUUGCUGAUGAGAAAAAUUUUAAAACUGAAAACGUCCAGGAUUGUCACCGUAUUUGUAUGCUACUUAGUAUUGAUGCUAACAAAUAAUUUAUAUAAAGCAGAAGAUAGAUCGAUAAAAGUCGAAUUAGAUAAAGGAGAUAAUAUAGAAAUAUCAAAAAAAUUGUCAAUGCAAGAUACCAGCCAGGACCAUAAUAUAGACACAAUCAUGAAGAGUAGAAAGCAAAACCUAGAUAAGCAGUGUUACAAUAGGAUUGACGUCGGAAGGUCAGAUGAAAACAAUUUCAAAGCACAUAUGCAGUUUGUUCCAGACGAUAAGAUGGUAUAUUGUGGAAUUGAGAAAGUGGGGUCGACAUUUUGGCGACGUCUCAUUCAGUUACUAUAUAAACGUGAAAUUAGAAGUCCGUACUCGAUUAAACCUUGGGAUUGUAUGAACAACUAUAAAUCUUUCCAAUCUCAGAAGCUGGAUGAUUACCAUUAUAUUUUAAAAGAAAAUUCUAAAUUUCUAUUCGUUCGAGAUCCCUACUCAAGAUUAUUAUCCGGGUACUUAGACAAGAUUUUUUCUCCUAACCCAUAUUAUUGGAAUUUAAUUGGGUCAAAAGCUGUGGCGUUUACACGAAAACAGAAAAACCACUGUGGACACGACGUUACGUUUCCUGAAAUGGUGGAAUACUUUAUACACACAGAAGAACAAAAUAAAGACAGAGACGGACAUUUUUUACCAGCAACAGACAAUUGUCGGCCAUGUCUUGUACAUUAUGAUUACAUUGGUAAAAUGGAGACAUUUACAGAUGAUGUAUUUUUCAUUUUAAAAGAAUUCAACCUUGAAAACUAUACUUCUGCUUUAAAUGAUUUUCAAACGGACUCAAUUUUAGAUGCAAUCUCUGACACCGUUCAAACUUUUAGAGACGUACGCAUCAUGGUUACUAGAUGUUUAAGUGUAUACGGAGGGCUGAAAAGAAUAUGGAGAAAAUUACAAAUACGUGGAAUAAUUGCAGAACAAAUUCAAUUUCCGUUCACUUCAAAAGAUUUAACCAAAUUAAGACCUACAACUUUCAAAAACGCAAUAAUCAAUGCUUAUAUUGAAUCGAAAGAUAAAUACAAUAUGAAAGACCAAAAGCGAAAAUAUCUUAUCAGUGCGUACAAUCUUAUUCCAAUAGCCACAAUGAAUAAGUUGCAGAAAAUAUUCCAAAAUGACUUUCAAAUUUUUGGAUAUGAUAAAAGACCAGAUUAUUUAUAUCAACCUCGACAGAAAAAUUUAGCUGACAUUUUUAAGCUUUAAAGAAUAUUUGUAAAAGACA